GAAGGAUUACUACCUUAGUGAGAAUAUAAUACUUUUACUGUUUUUAAAUUAUUGCAAUACAUGAAGUUUCACCUAUACCAAUGCACUAUUUUACUUAUUAAUAGAUGAAAAUUAUAAAAAAAGGUGAUAUUAUGACAUUAUACAUUAAAAUGAUUCUAUAUAUACCUUGCUUGACUAUAAUUAAAAACUCGUUGCAAUUGUGAAAGAAAAGAGAAAAUAUAUACUAAUUUGAUUAUAAAAAAAAAGAAAAAAAGAAAAGAAAAUUAUGCUGCUGGGCUGCUACUGCUCUAGCUGCUGCCUCUGCAUGUUCUCCUCUUAUAGCAAGGCUUAGCUUAUUUAAAUCCACAAACACACACAAAUUAGGAAUUAGGAAUAUAGUAAGGCUUAGGCUUAUGUAAAUCCUGUUAUUCUUGCAAAGGUAUAUACAAGUAAUAAUUUUUUUAGUAACUAAGUACUCUCCUCUAGAGUCCAGACCCAAGGGUGAGUCGGUGAGAGAAUGGAUAAGGAGAAUGGGGCUGAAGAGGCGACAACCUCCAAUUCUGGUGCUGGUGAGCAAAAUCAACACAAUGAGAACCAAAAGAAUAAUGCUAGAGUUCCAUUCUAUAAGAUUUUCUCAUUUGUGGAUUCUAUUGACAAGGCGUUGAUGAUCAUUGGCUCAAUUGGUGCUGUCGCAAAUGGUGUAUGUAUGCCCUUGAUGGCCAUCAUCAUUGGUGAAUUGGUUGAUUCAUUUGGUGAGAAUCAAAAUACCAAAAAAAUCAUUCAUGUCAUCUCCAAGGUGUCUCUAAAAUUUGUUUACUUGGCCAUAGGAGUUGCAAUUGCUGCAUUUCUUCAUAAGCACUCUAAAUCCCUUAUCUUUUGUUCUAAUUUAAUUGAGUAGAUAUACUCAAAAAGCUUCAUUUGUUAAAAACAGUCCAUAAUUGAAGAUGCAUACGAAGAAUAAUAUUUUUAUUGCACUCGCAGAGGUGGCUUUCUGGAUGGUAACAUGAGAAAGAUAGGCAACAAGAUUAAGGAAGUUGUACCUGAAAGCAAUACCUAGACAAGAUAUUGCUUUCUUUGAUAAGGAAACCAACAUAGGAGAGGUCAUUGGGAGAAUGUCAGGGGAUACAGUUCUCAUACAAGAUGCUAUGGGGGAAAAGGUAACUCAUUAUCGACACUCUUAAUAUUUCUUAGUCUUGAUCAUCUUGGUUUUUUUUUUUUUUUUUUUUUUU